AUGCCCACCAGCACUGGUGAAGCCCUUACUCUCCGUGCUCUUGUCACCACGAAGGAGGCUGGAGUUAUCAUUGGAAAAGCUGGUAAACAUGUUGCCGACCUCAGAGAGCAAACUGGGGUCAAAGCUGGUGUGUCUAAGGUUGUCCCUGGCGUACAUGAGCGUGUGCUCAGCGUCAGCGGGACUGUCGAAGGCAUUGCGAAGGCCUAUACACUCAUUGUUCGCCAGUUACUGGAUCCCGAAGUUUCCUCCAAUGUCACCGGCACGGCAGGUCCGGCCCCAACUAACACUUCCCUCCGCCUCCUUAUCUCUCACAACCUGAUGGGGACGAUAAUUGGACGUCAAGGUCUGAAGAUCAAGGCCAUCCAAGAUGCGUCUGGCGCCCGCAUGACCGCUUCCAAAGAAAUGCUUCCACAGUCUACAGAACGUGUCGUUGAGGUCCAUGGUACAGCGGAAGGGAUCGGUCGCGCUGUAGAGGAGAUUGCCAGAUCAUUGCUGGAAGAUUGGGAGCGUGGCUUGGGUACCGUUUUCUAUCACCCAGGAGUCGAGGGUGUGAAAGACACGAGACGCACCCAUGGGAUCAGUGAAAAGAGGCGUUCUGCACCCAACGGUGCUCCCGGGAAAUCUGGUCUUCCUGACUCAGCUGGACCUGGUAGUUCUUCGCCGCCGUCUUCACCCCCACCAGAUGCAAACGGUGCGACUCAAUCGAGCCUCCGUACUCAAAAUAUCUCCAUUCCCUCUGAUAUGGUUGGUUGUAUAAUCGGACGUCAAGGAUCCAAAAUCACCGAAAUCCGACGGCUCUCCGGUUCCAAGAUCUCGAUCGCUAAGACUCCACAUGAUGAGACUGGCGAGCGCAUGUUCACUAUUAUUGGCACCCCCGAGGCCAAUGAGAAAGCGCUUUUCCUGUUGUACAAUCAGUUGGAAAGCGAGAAGGAACGUAGGGUAGGCAGAGAGAAUGCUGCCGCCGCCGCCGCCUCACCGGGUGGUGUUGGGACGGAAUAA